AUUCGUGUAAUCAGUGAUUAAGAGACAUGGAGCUUCGAAUAUUAUAUCUAAUCUUAGGACUCUUGGCGAUGGUGUAUGCGUUUGGAGUGGACCAGCGCAGUUCUCUGUCAACUGUGAAAUGAAGCUGAAUACCUAUCCUUUCGAUAUGCAGUCGUGUGAUAUGAAGUUUGGCUCUUACAAUUAUGCGCGCAACAAAUUGAGAUUGAAAGAAUUCAAGACCAAGGGCAACAAAGCUGAUAGGUACAUCGACAGCGGCGACUGGGAUCUCAUUAGUUUCAAAGUUAUUUCUGGAGAAACCGAUCAUGGGAAUUGCUGUCCUUACUCGUUCAGUGAGAUCACCGUUAGAAUUGGCCUGAAGCGAAAAUUCCAAUACCACUUGUUCUAUYUCGUKGCACCAUGUGCCCUACUCUCCGUGCUCUCCCUAGUAAGCUUCUUCAUCCCCACAGAGAGUGGGGAGAGGAUUGGUUUUGUCACUACACUCUUGCUGGGCAUGAUGGUUUUCCUGCUGAUUAUUCCAGAGUCCCUUCCCGAGUCCUCUAAGUCCAUUCCGAUUUUAGGCGUCCUUAUGAUGGCAACAAUGAUYAUGAUUUCGUUAAUUCUUCUMAUUACGAUAUUYAUUCUCAAGUGCUUYCACUCCAAGCGCAAGCCUCCCAAGUUCCUAAGGCAUAAUUUGGCCCGUACACAAUCGCACAAGCCGAUCUCCAAGUCUGACCAAUCACCUCCCUUGGGAGUGGAUAACAUUUCUCUAAGAGCCGUGGCCCCGGAUUCCAGGCCCCCUUCUACUAACGCGUUUAUGAAGACGAAGAAGGAGAUGGAUAACGAAGCAACUUGGCAGGCAUUUUCGCGCCUUUGUGAUAAGAUCAUGUUCGUCACGUUUCUUAUUUUCACGGUAAUCUUGUAUGCUGUGACCUUGACCUAUCGGGACUAAAAGCUUUGUUACUCAUCACAUCCCAGACACAAUCUUUUGUGUAAUAUUGAUGCUACAAUAUGAUGUUUGUAACGGAAAACAAGAUCUGGGUACUCAGAAUAUCCCACAAUAUAUUCAGCCGAUUGAGAUGUUGAAAUCUACAACAUUUUGUGACUGCGUCCCUGGAGUUAACGGCCUGUUACUCAUGAUAUCCCACAAUCCUUUGUAAUGUUAAAAUAUACCAUUCAGUAUUUUGAGCUUGCGCUUCUUAGUGAACUAAAAAAGGUCUGGGUAGUGGUUAUGUCCCAGAAUCCUUUGGAUUGUUAAUAUAUAUAUACUAUAAAAUUUUCGAAAUAAUUUACUAAAAAUCAAUCAAUCCAUUAUAAUCUCAGUGAAUAUCCUACAAUCCUUUGCAACAUACUUUGCAUUGAUUAUUAAUUUAUGGUAAUGUCAAAUUAAAUCCAAAAUGUAGAUWAUAGAAAAUCUGAGAAAUCGCAAAAAUUUUGCUAAGUGAAUUGCAAAAAAUCGAAUCAUGCCAAAAUUGAUUGAUUAUUCUAAUAUUUUCCAUCAUAGAAACGAGACUAUCCUCGCCUGUAUYGAACAUCCCAUACAACAUCCAAUAACUGUGACAUUUUACUUAAAAUUAUAUAACCGUAACAUUCAAAUAUCAUUUCUGCGUUAAAUGAGUGGUUUGCGUUAUAUGAAACUCAAUAACUAGACUAUAUAAUUAUAAUAUUUUGUUGUAUGUCAUUGCGAGAUAAAAAUAAAAUAAAUUAGUGAAAUA